AUGGUAGCAAUUAUAUUUCCGUUUCUUGUUGCUUCUCCACAAUAUUUUUUACGAGAAGUUACACUUGGUAAUUUGUUACAAAUAGCUAGUGCCUUCGAAAGUGUACAUCAAUCACUUUCAUUUAUACCCAAUUCCUAUGGAAUUAUUUUACAAUGGCGAUCAGCUACGAAACGAUUGACUGAAUUUCAAUAUGUUUUAAAUGAAUUACAUAAAGCUAAGCAAAAUUCUGAAAUUCAAUUUCUCUAUUUACCAAACGAACGAUUUAUGAGAAUUCAAGAAUUAACUGUUCGAUUGCCAUUGAAAAUCGGUGAAGAUAAUAGUCGAAUUUUUAUCAAUCGUCUCAAUUUAGUACUCGAAGCUCAUCAUGCUGUACUUAUUACAGGUAAAAGAAAAACAUAA